AUGACGCAGACUGCCACAGAGAGCCUCUUCAGAGACGACCCUUUCUUUGAAGACAUCCGUAUGUUUUGGCCAAAUCGUACAAUGCUGUCAAUCUUCAGCGAGGACUUCCUCUGUCAAAGGUCUGUGGUUCUGGACAGCUUCAGAAACAAACUCCGCCACAAUGUCCUGAAUGAGCUCUGUGAGGGACUCCACAAUGACAUGUUAAAGAGUUCUGUUGACCUUUUCUCUUCUCCCUCUGCCAGGCUUAUGGCACCAACCAUGGAACAAGCCAGAGGACAAAACCUCAUUCUCACUUUUGACACUCAAGGCUUUUCUAUGGAGGACAUCACCGUGACUGUGUCUGGCAGGCGACUCGAAGUCAUGACAACCACACAAAAGGAAGAGUCCUUGUCCUCAGAUACCACAGACUCCAUGCCCAGGGCCUUUUUUCAGGCCCUGGACCUUCCGCACCACAUAGACCCUGCUGACAUCACCUGCACACUGGGGGAAGACGGUUUUCUCCGCAUUGAGAUACCGGACACCACGCAGGUCUCCUCAGAAGAGAGAGUCAUCCCCAUUCAUUUCAGAACAUCCCUCAACUUCCCCAUCAUCAAGAACGACACAAACAAGAACGAACCUUGUGCUGAGCAGUAA